AAGAAUGGGCGGGGCGCUGUAGAAAGCGAGUACAGCUGCGUGAAGUGCUGACAGCUGGUGCCAGUGAGUGAGUGGGCAGGUAGUGCGGGCGGUCAGUCAGUGCCUGGUCGAAGCUAAGGGGAGCCGCUGUGUGUUUGGCUUCGUGUCAUGAGCCGAGUGAUGGACCUGCGCCGCUGAAGACUAGUGAAAAGAAUGUCACCACUUGAAUAGUUUCAGUAAGAGGCAAAGCUACUUUUGUAGGAUAUUCAGUGUUCCUAUACAACAGUGCAUCAGAAGAAACAUUCAUUUUGUCUCUGUUUAAGAAGAAACAGUCCAUUUUAUCUCGGUUUAAGUUACCUUUAUCUGUAUGAGAUGAUAUUUGAAACACAUCUAAGUGGUUCCAAGAAAGUGUAAAAGAAAGAAAUCUGAAUGUUUGAGACUGUCUUCAUUUGCAAGCUACCAGCAACAGUCUGGAAUUUAUACCUGAUUGUACCCAUCGUUCUGUAAAGGGGACAAAAGAAUAAGAAGAAUAAGCUAUGGAAUCACCCCAUGUUCCAGUUGGAAAUUUAAUAGACCUUGACUCAGACCCCGUGAUUGUGGUACCAGCCUGUCCUGUCCAGUUGGACUCAGAUGGUCUCCUAGAGUUGCAUGAAAACAAUGCAGAGAGAGAGGCCCAAGAUGAGGAAGAGGAGAGUGAUGCCACAGAAUCUGCAGACAGUGAGACCGACAUGGUGGGAUCUCCUAGCCGUCAUUGUUGGAACCACUCACAGAGAUCCUCCUCUGAAUCUUUCUCAUCAAAUCAAAGCACAGAGUCUGCCCGUGAUGAGCUGAUGUCUGAACAGCGAGAAUUUGUGAGGAAAUAUGUUGAAAAAAUCUUUGAAGGAGGGGAAGACAUGGACCAGGAAGAAAAGGCCCGCUUUGGGGAGCUUUGCAGUACAGAAAAUGGCAAGGGAAGGGAAUGGUUUGCUCGAUUUGUCAGUGCCCAGCGCUGCAAUUCCAAGUGUGUCUCAGAACAAACCUUCUAUCGGCUUGUCCAGUCUUUUGCUGUAGUGCUGUUUGAGUGUCACCAGAUGGAUGAUUUCGGGCCUGCCAAGAGCUUGAUGACUAUGUGCUUUACUUACUAUUAUAUCGGCAGAGCACACAUUCCUCCUACAGAGUCACGAGAGAAGCCAGUGAGCACAGGGAGCAUUGAUGCAUACCUGAAGUCUGCCAAUAGCUGGCUGGCUGAGAAAAAGGACAAUGUGGAGCGCCUCUUGAGGACCACAUCAACCACAACAGAAAACAUGAAGGGCUUCUUUGGGGGGUUAGAGAGCAAACUGAAAGGACCACUUUCUAAAAAAAAUGACCAAAGUGAGAACCACACAAAAGAGAAGGCUUCUGAUAACAACUCCCUUCAAAGUCCAGAGGAGAAGAAAGGAGAGAAGAUAUACCUUUAUACACACCUGAAGCAGCAGCCCAUCUGGCACACCCUGCGUUUCUGGAAUGCAGCAUUUUUUGACGCUGUGCACUGUGAGAGGAGGAAGAGAUCUCCCACUACUAGAGAGAAUGCUGGGGAGGAAGAGAAAGAGAGAGAUAAGUGGUCUCAUAUGACUCAAGAAGAGCGGGAUGACAGUCUUCAGUUCAAUGAGAACAUUACGUUUGGACAGUUGGGCACAUUCACACACAACAUGUUGGCAUUUGGGUUAAGCAAGAAAUUGUGUUAUGACUUUCUGAAGAAGCAAGCCGUGAUUGGAAACCUGGAUGAAGAUAAAUUUAAGCAACUCACUGACCAUAUUGACCAAAUGACUGUGGAGUAGCCCUGUAAAGGGAGCAACCUACAAGCCUAUUCCAGUAUUGAAACACUAAAAAGGAAGAGUGAACUUGCACGAUGCAGAGGGCAUCUGCCUAUUUUAGUGGAAACCGAGAGAAAAAAACUGUAUAUAUUUUGAAAGAAAUAGUGUAUAAAGUCUUUUGUCUACAUAUGGAAAUCAGAGUAUUUAUUGUUGGUAGCCUGUGUACUCACUGUAUAGUGGGGUGGGAAUGACAACGUGAAACAGUGUUUGUGAAAGAGAGCGGUUUCUUUAUUUUUGUAUAGCCAGAGAAGCUUUUUAAUCUUGUUUCCUUGCCAAAUCAGCAUGUGUUGCAUUGCAGCAGCAUCUUACUAGAAGACGGCUGAUCAUGUACUAAUAUAUUUGUCUUGAUAAUUGUGCUGAUGGAGAAUAACUGUUUUAUUUUUAAUGUGCUAGAUGUUUUAGGCAAUAAGUGACUCCUCUACAAAUGCGUGUUUCGCAUAAAGAUGGCACCCGUCUCUGAUUUAAGAAAAAAAACAACCCACUAUAUUAAUAUAUAUUUAAAAAAGAAUAUAUUACAAGAUAUGCAGGGAAAUGUAAAAUUUUAUCAGCAAUACUUGUCCUGGAGUUAAAGGGAAAGUGCAAGUAGAUGAGUUUGAUUAGGAUUGUCCAGUCUUCCUGGUGACCUUUCUGUAGGGCAAAGGAAAAACAGAUCUUAUAAACAACAUACUAAUUCAAUUUGGCACGGAGUGAGAUAAAGCCUGUUUGAUAUCACUGAAGCUUAUUACUAUAGAGGCUUGUACUGGGUAUAAAAAAAUAUUGUGUUUUGUAAUAGACAAAAUUAUCUCUGCUCUUCAGUCAGGAUGUUGUGUCAUUCUGUUCUCUAUAGGCAAAGGCUGGGGUGUAGCCUUCAUACAGAACUACUAUUAACUGCCCACCCAUAAGCUUGGUCACUGGUCUUGUAAGCCUAAUGAGAUAAGCCAUCUCACUAUCCAUAGCAGAGACCUCCGAAAGUCACACAUAGCCCUUAGCUCAUAGACUUUAUUUACUAUGAACAUGAGCAACAACACUUCCACAUACAGUCAAACCCAGAUUUAAAAUGUUCCAGGGGGCUGGGGGAAAAAAAAACAUAAAAUUUGAGAAAAUGGAGGUAUGAAUAAUUUCUACUUUUUAUGUAAAAAUGGUAUAAACUACUAAAACCCCUUAGGGCAGAGACACAAGCUCCGGUUUGGGGAGAUUAGUCGCCCAGCAACAAAACUCCUCUUCUUCGGGGCGACUAAUCUCCCUGAGCUGCCACCCGCCGGCUAGAAUGUAAAUCAUCGGCAGGAUGGCAAUCUGUGCGCUUCAUUUUCCGAAGUUGCCUCACGAGGAAACUUUGGGCAACUUCGGAAAACGAAUCAUUCUGAGAGCCAUCCCGCUGGCGAUUAAGAUUCUAGAUGGCGGGAGGCAGUUCGGGGAAAUUAGUCGCCCCCCAAAGAAGAGCCAAUUUAUCGCCAGGCGAUUAAAUCUCCCCAAAUCUGUGCAUGAAUUCCCUUAAACUGCAGGGAAAAACUGUUGUUGUUUUUUUUUUGCUUUUUUUUAAGGAAAACGGGGCAAAAUCAUGAUGUCAAAUAUGGGAAUCCGGGCAAUGCUCCCGUUGAAAUGCAUAAGAACAGGAAGGGACUGUAAAAAACAGAAAUGUAAAAUGGGGGGUUGAUUGUAGCUGCGUUUAUCAACUCCUGGUAUUAUUGCUGUGCUAUAAUUCAGUGCUGUCACUUAGAUCUGUGUUGUGUAAUGCUUUGGGGACAAGCUUUAUCUCCUUCAUAUGCACAACUGGAGUAUUACUACUGAGUUAUUUUGUGCAACUUUUUGAAACUGUUAAUUUGUAUUUUUGUACAUCCUACAAUUAGUCGAGCAGUAAGCAGUUGGUUUUACAGCAUGCAGCUGUUGUGCUUGUGUUAUCAGUAUUUAUAUUGUGCGUACAUAGCAACAUAUACAGAUCUAGUGCUUCCACAUGUUCCGUAUAUCUGCUUUGUCUUUCUGCUAAAAGCGCAGAUUUCACAAGCGUUCAUUGAACGUUCAUUAAACAUAUUUUACAUUUAAUAUUAAGCCCAUAAUAUUGCAGCUAUUUGUUUUAUUCAGCAAUUUAGUCUUUGUCAUUGCUUAGGGGUCCUCCUUGGAUAUUAAAGCAUCGGCGAUCAGCAGCACCUUUUUACAACCACUAGAGGUGCUGUUCUAUAGAGAAUGCUCCAGCAUAACGGAAAGAAAAAAAUAUAAAGGUAAUAAUAAAUACAGAUUUACAUACCAAGCUGAGAUGCUUGCAUUGAAAGGUGCAUGCGUUAAUACCCUGCUUUACUGAAAGGCUGUUAUUAGAGUGGGUCAGUCUGUGUUUUAACCUUGUAUAUGAUAUUGUCAAUCUGGGUGAUGUAUUAUGUUUGCAUAUUAUUCAUUGGCUGUGGAACACAAUUCAGUGCAUCCUGAUUGCAAAAUCUUAGCAACAAUGGCAACUGGUUUCUUCCUCCCACCCUCUCUAUCCACCAAUAUCUCUCCAUAUCUGUAUGUUGGAAUUAAGCACUGAGCCCUUUAAUUCUGCAGUAUUUUCUUCUGUAGCUAAAUAACUGGUUAUUUAUGCCCAUGUGACCUCAUUAGGUCUAAUUACAGUUGAAAUCUGUACCACCUCUAGCUGGCUCCCUGAUAUUGUCCCGUAUUUUGUAUGAGAGUCUAUACAGAACAGGUGGCAGCCUUGAUAUUAACCGUGAAACACCGGGAGAACAAUGUAAUUAAUCGGUUUACCUGUUUUGCACCUUAAUGUUUACCUUACAUGGGCAAUAAAAAGGUGCCAAAAAGUGCUAUUUAUAUACAGAGUCUGCUGAAUAUUUGUGGACAUCGAUGCCCCCCCCCUUAAUGUGCUUGUUGCAUUCCAUUUAAAGUAAAAAAAACAAUGUUUAAGGAGGCAGAAGUAAGAUUCAUGUUUUGUAUUAUGUAUAAUCUGGCACACACAACAAUGUGAAAAAAUAAAUUAUUGUCCAAGCA